AUGGCGCGAAAACCAACUCGCACGAGCUGGGAUCACCAGUACAACACAUUGCGCCGCGAAGAUCUCUUCCGGAACCCUCCCACCGACCAUUCUGCCUAUCCACUAUUACAACAAGCUGUGAAUCCUCAUAUCGAGUCUUUCGAUGCUGUAUUUGCCAAUGAUGGCCUGCUAGCUAGGGGCUUAGCGGAUAUAGGCACCAAAGUUUUCCUCGACGGCAACGACCGCACCCCUGUAGAAUCAAGAAAUAAACUUUCAAUUAAAUACAAAAGCAUACAUCUACAAAAAUCCGCUCUACCGCCGACCAACAAAUUCGCUGUCAAGAGGGAGAUCCUACCGGCUGAAUGCCGAGAACGACAUGUCUCAUACAGGGGCAAACUUUCGGCUACAUUCGAAUACAGAAUAAACGAUGGAGAUGCAAAAGAAUUCACGCGGGAGAUUGGGGUGCUUCCAAUCAUGAUCAAGUCCAGCCAUUGCCACCUUAGAGGAAAUAGUCCCGCACAACUGGUUGCGCGUAAAGAAGAGUCAGAAGAACUAGGGGGUUAUUUUAUCGUCAAUGGAAUAGAAAAGAUCAUACGUCUUUUACUUCUAAAUAGGCGCAACUUCCCCUUGGCCAUCAAUCGCCCCAGCUUCACCAACCGUGGUCCUUCCUACACCCCUUUCGGCAUUAUCCUGAGGUCUGUGCGUCCCGAUGAGACCUCUCAGACCAAUGUUCUGCACUAUCUCAAUGAUGGAAACGUUACGUUUCGUUUUUCAUGGAGAAAAAAUGAAUACCUAGUGCCAGUCAUGAUGGUCUUGAAAGCGCUUAUGGAGACCAAUGAUAGGGAAAUAUUUGAGGGACUGGUUGGGUCUCCCGAGUCAAAAGGUAUUCAGAACACAUUUCUUACAGACCGUGUCGAGCUGCUCUUGCGCACAUAUAAAACCUACGGCGUUUACACCAUGGCUCAGACUCGAUCGUACUUGGGAGAAAAGUUCCGACCUGUGUUAGGAGUGCCUGACGGAUUAUCAAACUACGAAGUCGGAACUGAAUUCUUAAGGAGAAUUGUCCUAGUCCACCUCGGAAAUAUCAACGUUACCGAAGAGCAAGACUCCGACAAGUUCCGUCUUCUCCUAUUAAUGAUCAGAAAGCUUUACGCGCUUGUCGCUGGGGACUGUGCUGUUGACAAUCCAGACGCUGUUCAAAAUCAAGAAAUCCUUCUAGGUGGGUUCUUAUACGGUCAAAUAAUCAAGGAGCGUCUAGAUGAGCUUAUAUCGAGUGGCCUGCGCUUGGGCUUACGAGAAUAUAUGAGAAGAUCGCCCUCAAAUGACUUCAACUCUGAUGCGUUUAGAAAGGACUUCCCUAUCAAGAUUUUCCAGAAAACCAACGAAAACGUUGGCAAUGCUCUUGAAUACUUCCUGUCAACUGGCAAUCUGUCGAGUCCAUCAGGUCUGGAUCUCCAACAGGUAUCCGGUUUCACCGUUGUCGCCGAGAAGCUCAAUUUCCUUCGAUUUAUCAGCCACUUUCGAAUGGUCCACAGAGGCAGUUUCUUCGCUCAAUUAAAGACAACAACGGUUCGAAAGCUGUUGCCCGAAUCCUGGGGCUUUCUUUGUCCCGUUCAUACCCCUGAUGGUUCUCCCUGCGGUCUCUUAAACCAUCUUGCCCAUAAGUGCAAGAUUAUGACUAACUCUGCCGAUGCCACCUCUAUUCCCCAGCUUGCUGCUGAGCUUGGUGUGGUUGAUACAUCCUCCGCUGCCACUGAUGAAAGUGUUGUUGUCAUGUUAAAUGGCAGAAUCUUGGGUUGGUGUAAACCAUCGGAAUCUCGACGAAUAGCCGACACUUUCCGGUACUGGAAAGUAGAAGGGUCCCAUGGAAUACCCUUGGAGUUAGAGAUUGGCCACGUUCCUUCAUCUAACGGAGGCUCCUAUCCUGGUAUCUUCAUGUCAGCAGAACCAGCUAGAAUGGUGCGACCAACCAAAUAUCUUCCACUAGAAAAAGAAGAUUUUGUUGGUACUUUGGAACAGCCCUACAUGACUAUUGCUUGUACCGAACAAGAGAUUGUGUCAGGAGAGUCAACCCACGUUGAAUUCGAUCCCACAAACAUUCUCUCAAUUCUAGCCAACAUGACCCCAUUUUCCGACUUUAACCAAUCGCCGAGAAAUAUGUACCAGUGUCAAAUGGGUAAGCAGACAAUGGGAACACCAGCAACGGCCUUGGCAUAUCGGACCGACAAUAAGAUGUACCGUCUUCAAACUGGCCAGACACCAGUUGUCCGAUCCCCUCUUCACAACGCUUACGGGUUUGACAAUUUCCCCAACGGAACCAAUGCUGUAGUCGCAGUGAUAUCAUACACUGGGUACGAUAUGGACGACGCUAUGAUUCUGAACAAGUCAGCGCAUGAAAGAGGUUUCGGUCAUGGAACUAUCUACAAGACGAAGAAAUACACAAUUAAAGAUGAAAGCCGAAGCAAGACAACCAAAAACAUAGUUAAGCUUUUCGGGUUUGCCCCUGGUAGCACGGUGAAGGCUUGGACACAAACUAUGCUUGAUGGGGACGGCCUGCCACACGUAGGACGUGCUGUACAAGAAGGUGACGUUCUCUUCGCUUAUCAUACUGUCUCGGCAGAUUACAGUGGGAAUCUCGUGAACCGAGAUGGGGUCACCAAGUAUGAAAAAUACAAGGACUCAGAACAGGGUUUUAUUGAAGAGGUGCGAAUUCUUGGAAGCGAAUUAGGCAACGAACCAGCCCAGACCAUCUCCAUUAAAUUUCGGAUACCUCGAUCGCCUAUUAUUGGCGAUAAAUUUUCUUCACGACACGGUCAGAAGGGUGUGUGCUCUCAGAAGUGGCCUGCUAUCGACAUGCCCUUCUCGGAGUCAGGUAUUCAACCAGACAUUAUCAUCAAUCCUCACGCCUUUCCGUCUCGUAUGACAAUCGGCAUGUUCGUUGAGUCGCUUGCCGGUAAGGCUGGAGCUCUCCACGGUCUCGCUCAAGACUCGACACCUUUCCGAUUCGAUGAGGAGAACCCUGCCGCAGAUUACUUCGGCCAUCAGCUGAUGAAGGCUGGGUAUAAUUAUCAUGGCAACGAGCCAAUGUAUUCUGGUAUCACGGGUCAAGAACUAGCGGCAGAUAUCUACAUCGGCGUCGUCUACUAUCAACGAUUGCGACACAUGGUAAACGACAAGUACCAAGUGAGAACCACAGGUCCUGUCGUACCGACCACAGGCCAGCCGAUCAAAGGUAGAAAGCGAGGAGGUGGUAUUCGUGUUGGUGAGAUGGAGCGAGAUGCUCUACUAGCUCACGGUACCGCAUUCCUCUUACAAGAUCGUCUUCUUAACUGCUCCGACUACACGCCCACAUGGGUCUGUCGAAAGUGUGGUUCGUUCCUGUCUGUACAGCCUACGGUCACACCUUUUGGUGGGAAGAAGAAAGUAGUGAGUACAGUGCGUUGUCGCAACUGUGCGAGACGCCUAGACCAAAUACCGGACGUCGAAGUGAUGAAACUCAAAGGCGAAAUAUGGGAGGACGGACAGGGUAUUCAAUGGGUUGGGGGUGAAGAAACCACGAAGGUAGCAGUGCCGGGCGCUUUAAAGUAUCUCGACGUAGAGCUAGCGGCCAUGGGGGUGAAGCUCAAGUACCGGGUCGAUCCCAAGGAUGCCAUACGAAAAGGACGCUUGAUUCAGAAAACGCCGGAAAGCGUUGGUCUCAACAACAAGAGUUUGCCAGUCUUGGCGGCAGCUUAG